UCGUAUCCCGAAUGUCAAAGCCUCAGCCCUUCGUGACACAAAGAUGAUGUGAUUUGUGUGACACUUUGGGAGCCCUCCAGCACAGUAUGUGGGAGGUGCCCACCCCGUGCCACACGAGCAGCGCGGACUCAUGUUGAUCUAAUGCAGGAAUCAGCGGGGACCGUGUGUGGAUAGCGCGAUAUCUCCAGCUGAACGCUGGCGCUCACAUAUUCUGCCAUUAAGCGGCACUUUUUGGAGAUCCGCUCUGUGUUAUUCGGAUGCUCGCUUCAGUGAGCGUCUCGCAGAGAGCCCGCAUCACUCUGAGGAAAGGAAGAGACUCGAUGUAUCACAAGUGAAGAACGAGAAACCACAGAGAGGCCUCCAUACAUUCGUGAUUGGAUGUGAGUUGACUUUGACCGUACCAAAGUGAAGAUGAAGUUGCUAUGGAAACUGCUGGUUCUGCAGUCAUUCCUGGGGUGCCUUGCAGGCAACACGCUGCAGAGCCCCGUGUUCACGAAGCAGCCAGGCAGCAUUGUGUUUCCAGUAGACUCCAUGGAGAAGAACAGGGAGGUGGUUUUCAGCUGUGAGGCACAAGGUGACCCUCCUCCUUUUUACAGGUGGAAGCUAAAUGGCAGUCUGCUCAACCCCAAACCCAGCUCCCAUCACAGCCUCUCCGGAGGCAACCUUCGCAUCAACCGUCUCAAUAAAGACGAGGACGCUGGGACGUACCAGUGCCUUGCUUCCAACUCCUUCGGGACUAUUGUCAGCAGGGAGGCCAGCCUAACCUUUGCCUAUUUGGAGAAUUUCAAAACCCACAAGCGGAGUUCUGUGUCUGUCCGGGAAGGACAAGGAGUGGUGCUUCUCUGCGGGCCGCCCCCUCACUCCGGAGCUUUGACGUUCUCCUGGAUUUUUAAUGAGUACCCGUCAUUCGUCAAGCAAGAUUCUCGUCGAUUUGUGUCCCAGGAGACAGGGAAUCUAUACAUCGCUAAAGUUGAGCCAUCUGAUGUGGGCAACUACACCUGUGUCGUGACCAACACUGUCACCAAGACACGCGUCCAAGGCCCGCCUACUCCUCUGAUACUGCGCAAUGACGGUGUUAUGGGAGAAUAUGAGCCAAAGAUUGAAGUGCAGUUUCCGGAGAUUGUUCAAGUGGCCAAAGGUUCAACCGUGCGACUAGAGUGUUUUGCACUGGGGAAUCCAGUACCGUCCAUAAGCUGGCAUCGGGUGGACGGAGUCCCGUUCGCCCGUAAAGUCGAUGUAAGGAAAACCAGCGGCGUGAUGGAAAUCCCUUACUUCCAGCAAGAAGACGCGGGCACGUACGAAUGUGUGGCGGAGAACACGAAAGGAAGAAACUCUGUGCAGGGAAAGCUGUCUUUCUUUGCCUCCCCCCAGCUAAUUGAAAAGCCCCAGGAUGUGCAGAAGGCCAUCGAUGACUCUCUGGUGUGGGAAUGCAAGGCCACAGGGAAACCCAAGCCCUCUUACAGGUGGAUGAAGAAUGGAGAAAACCUGGAGCCUACCGAGGAGAGGGUGCAGGUCAUUAAUGGCGCCCUGUCCAUCACUCGCCUGGCGCUCGCUGAUAUUGGAAUGUACCAGUGUGUGGCUGGGAACAAGUAUGGAGAAGUGUACUCCAACGCUGAACUCAGAGUUAUCGCUGUCGCCCCUGAUUUCUCCCAAAACCAGCUGAAGGGCCACACUUUAGUCAAAGAAGGCGGCGAUGUUCUCAUUGAAUGCAAACCCAAGAUGUCUCCUCGAGGCACAAUCUCCUGGCGCAAAGGCAACGACGCCCUCCGAGAAAGCAGCAGAAUUGCUAUAUUGGAGAGCGGAAGCCUUCGGAUAUCCAACGCUACCAAAUCGGAUGCUGGAACGUACGCGUGCGUUGCCCGUAACCAGUUUGGCGAGGCCAGCAGCUCAGGGAACCUGGUUGUGAAAGAGCCAACAAUUAUUACAACUGCUCCCAACACGCUGGACGUGACUGUCGGCGAGAGCAUCAUUCUUCCCUGCCAGGUGUCCUACGAUCCCUCGCUGGAGCUCAAGUUCACCUGGUUUUUCAACGAGCAGCUCAUCCACUUCGGCAGCCAUGGGGGAUACUUCGAAAAAGUUGGCGGACAGCACUCGGCAGGUGACAUCAUGAUCCGGAACAUUCAGCUGAGGCAUGCUGGGAAGUACACGUGUGCCGUGCAGACCAAGGUGGACAGCAGCUCCAUCGCAACUGACCUGAUUGUCAGAGGUCCCCCCGGCCCCCCUACCAGCAUCCAUGUGGAAGAAAUCACAGAUACCACUGCCACUCUCUCCUGGAGGCCUGGUCCUGAUAAUCACAGUCCAAUUACUGCCUACACCAUCCAGGCUAGAACCCCUUUCUCCCUCGGCUGGCAAGCUGUUAGCACAGUGCCGGAGGUGGUCGGGGGCUCGCAUCUGACUGCUACAGUCAUCGAGCUCAACCCCUGGGUGGAGUAUGAGUUCAGAGUGUUGGCAAGCAAUGCAGUGGGCACAGGAGAGCCCAGCAAACCCUCGAAGAAAGCCAGGACGAAAGAAACAGUUCCCAAGGUCACCCCAGCCAACGUGAGCGGAGGAGGUGGCAGUCGAUCAGAGUUAGUCAUCACUUGGGAGCCCGUUCCUGAAGAGCUCCAGAACGGAGCGGGGUUUGGCUACGUCGUUGCUUUCCGGCCCUUUGGCGCCACCGGGUGGAUGCAGGCGGCAGUUCCCUCUCCCGAAGCCUCUAAAUACGUCUUCAAAAACGAGACCAUUUUACCCUUCUCUCCAUUCCAAGUCAAAGUGGGGGUGUACAAUAACAAGGGGGAAGGACCUUUCGGACCCGUGGUCACCAUCUACUCUGCUGAGGAGGAGCCUGGAAGGGCACCCAGUCGACUUAGAGCCAAGAGUCUUUCAGCGUUUGACGUUGAGGUGUCCUGGAAAGCCCUUCCCUGGAGCACAAGCAAGAAACGUGUUCUCGGCUAUGAGUUGAAAUACUGGGAGAAGAAUGAGAAAGAAGAUACAGCUAGCGUGCUAAGGACAGUAGGAAACCGGACAUUGGCCAUUAUUCAGGGCUUAAAAGGAAGUACCACCUAUUAUAUAACGGUGAGAGCCUACAACACAGCUGGAACAGGACCACCAAGUCCAGCAGUCAAUGUUACAACCAAAAAACCUCCCCCCAGCCAGCCGCCCUCAAAAGUCAUGUGGAAUACAUCAAAUUCUAAAAUCAUCCUGAACUGGGAACAGGUGAAACCUCUAGAAAAUGAAUCUGAGGUCAUGGGAUACAAGGUACUGUAUAAGCGGAACCGAUUCAGCAGGCCCAGCAUUAUGGAGACCAACACCACCUCAGUGGAGCUCUCGCUGCCCACAGAUGAGGAGUACAUCAUCCAGAUCAGGCCUUUUGGAGAAGGAGGGGAAGGCAGCAGUAGCCGGCAGAUCACCAUUCCCAAAAUAUCAGGUCCCAAUGCCAUCGGCUCAGCUUCCAGCGUGUCCACUCUCUCUGCUCUCAGUACAAUAGCUCUCUCCCUCACAGCUCGCACAUCUUUAUGACAGAACACAGCGCGGGCCGCUGACUUCAGAUGAAACGUUCUUCCUCGAGAGGAGACUGAGAAAAGUGACUCACACAGAUCGAUGAAAACCCAUUCAUACAAACCAGAGGACCUACGUGAACGAUAAUACCGGGAUAAAGAAAAAAAAGAUUUCAAAAAAAAAAAAAAAAAAAACGGGUGCGUGGUUCGCUAGCCAAUUCAAAAAAAGAUUGAAGGCUGAUGGGAUUGAAUUUGAUGUUACCAAAGCAGCUUUAAAAAAAAAAAAAGAACAAAAAAAUGAGGAAAAUGUCACAUGCUUCUUUUGUAUGUACGACAUAUCUUAGCUUUUUACUUUUCGGUUUGAUCCAGUUGGUCUGUCUGUUCCUAUUACAGUACGCCGGGUGUGUAGGAACUGCUUUAGAUGCAUGUCAUGUACAAUGUUUUGUAAGAGAAUGCAGGUGUCUGAAACUUAAUCAUUUAGAACAAGACGUAUUUGGCUGAAAACCAACUAAUCAUCAUAACAUGACGGCCCUCUGAGGGUCACACGUACUUACAAGCUAAGAAUCUCCAAGGACUUCUUACUGUUUACGACACGGGAAUACUUGCACUGAAAUCACGCCUGGAAGAAAGUGAACAAAAAAAGCAUCCUGACCAGAAAUUUGACAGAAUGCUGCUACGAGGCCAAGUCGGCCGUCUACUGGUCAGCAGCAAACGGACACCAGGCGUCGACGUUGGCCGUCUUUCUUUUUUCCGUCAUCUUCCGCUUAUCUGUUUGUGUGUCACGUCUAGAGCUCUUCUUUGCCUUUUGUGUGCCUCAUUGUGUGUUUUUGAAAUCCUCAGGUCCUCAGAAAAGCCUUAAUACAUAUUUCUUAGCGUAACCUACUUAGACAAGUGCUGGACGCCAGGGCUGUGAGCGGUUAGUCGAGCGGGAUGCUGGGGUUUGGGUAACUUAGUUGGUGCGAGUUUAUUGCUUCCAUGUUCCAUAUUAUAACAGCCGUAUGCUGUUCCUCAUUGUUUCAAGGCAAUACGGUUUGUGUGUGCGUGUGCGUGUGCGACCUCUGCUAACGUAGGGGCUACGAGCUCUGCAUUUUUUUUAAAUGCCAUGUGGGAUGAAAGUAGCUUGUCAUUUCUUGAGGUGCAAAUAGAUGUACUUGCUUAAAGGGACAUGUGGAGCUCUGAGACUGAGUGAAAACAAAUGUAUAUGUAAAUGCUUUUUUGUAUAUUCCAGAUAAUUUAUAUUUAAGUGGACGACAUCGAAGUUUCCUACAAAACUCAUCUCGGUUUUUAUCUAACAAACAGAAUAGACGUUUCUUAGCUUACCGUGGCUCUGCAUGUGGAUGUAUUCAUUCCAUUCUUGAUUCAUUAGGUACUAACCGAUGAACUUUUGACGAAAGGAUACGGUCAUCCGUUUCUGAAGAUUUGUGUAUCGGUGUGUCUGUCAUAGCCAGAACGCUCUUUCUCUAAGCAGUGCUUUCCACCAAACUUUAUCGGAACUCCAUUUAUUGAACCGUAUAACUUUUUCCUCCAAGGUUCUCUGUUUAUACUGGAUCACAAAAUAAAUGACAUUUAUAAAAAUGAUCACACUAAUGUUUUGUUUGGGUGCAUUAUAUGUGAUGGGCUAACAGAAAAUCUGAUUAAUUACAGUUCAACCAAUAAUUUUGUUGUUUGCUUACCCUCACGUCAUUCCAAACCUGUGUGACUGUUGUGUGUCUUCACAAAGGACUAGUAUGCUCGUAUUACUUUCGGUGUGUUCCAGAUCUCUAGAAGCUUUCUAUAAGAAAUAGACCAAAAGGUGAAAAAGCUGUUUGCUGAGUAGCCUUUUUUUCUUAUCCACCUUAUUUUUACUGUAGCUACACGCGACGUGACAAGAUUCCAGCGACAAGCAAUUUGAGUGUGCACACUGCAAAAUAAUAUUUUUUUUUUGUAUUUUUGUCUUCAAAAAGUCUUGAAUCAAGAUAAAACAAUUAAAGUAAAACAAUCUAAGAUAUGUCUUGCUUUCUAAAUAAAAGUUAGCAAAAUUUAGCAAUUUUUUUUUUUUUUUUUGUAUUUUUGUCUUCAAAAAUUCUUGAAUCAAGAUAAAACAACUAAAGUAAAACAAUCUAAGAUAUGUCUUGUUUUCUAAAGAAAAAUUAGCAAAAUUUUGCAAAAAUAUCUCCCAGUAAGGCAAGAAAAAUAGUUUUUUUUUAGACUGAUUUAAGAUUAGUUUCUCUUGCCCCAGCAAACUUGGAUCAUUUUAUUAGAAAACAAGACUUAAUAUCUUAAGUGAUUUUACUUAAGUAAAUGCAUCAUGAUUCAAGAAUGUUUAGAUAAAAAACAAGUCAAAAAUACUUAGUAAGAAAAUCAUUUUUUGCAGCGCAGAAAAGACAAUAGAAUCAAUCAAAUAUCACAGCCAAUCAAAAGCAUGUGUGGGCGUGUUUUUUUUGGAAGCACUGCAUUUGCAAUAAAAUGUUAAUAAUCGAAUUCAUAAAUAUUAAAUUUUUAUUAAAUUAUUUUUAAGAUUAUUAAAUGUACAUACUGAGUGACUGGUACCAUCUUUGUUAUGAAAUAUGUUUGUUGGUUUGCAUUGAGUUUGCAGUUUUAACAAACAUCUUUGCGUUAGUUUGUUUUCAAGAUCUGAGGUAAACUAUGUUGUUGCUUUCAGUAUGGUUACUGAAAGCAACUGGUUACGCAAAAUUAUAUUUAAAUUCACAUUAGACAUGUUUAACUUUGAAUAAAAGUCAUAAUCAUUACCUGAGAUUAUCACUGUCGUAUAGUUUGUAUGUUGUUGUUCCAGCCGUGGCAUAGCAGAAAUAGAAACCGUUUCUAAAAUAUUAAUUUUGUGUGCCGUCAUGGUUAGUUAGGUCAAAAACUCCAAUUAACAUGAAAAAGAUAUCUUUUAUCGUGUGUCCCGUCUUGGCAUUGUGUACUUAGGACACGUGUAAGAGUGGGCGUGGCCAUUUGUUAAUUUUAUGGUUUUAUGGUCUCAUCUGAGUCCAGCUAUUUUUAGCUGUACAAAACAGCUCAUUUUAUUGCUUGCUAUUAAAAACUGGUGUCUUUCACAAUAUUUUAAUGAACACACUGGUUUGUAGUGCAAACAGUUUUACCGUUGUUAUAAUAAACCGGAAGUCUUGCCCAUCAGCUUAUUUUUGCGUUGAAGAAUAAAGUGGUUUCUACGAUGUCACUGCUGGAACAACAACAUACAAACUAUAUGACAGUGAUAAUCGCAGGUAAUGUGUUUUGUUCAAAGUUAAACGUGUCUAAUGUGACUUUGAAUAUAAUUUUGCAUGACUUUAUAGUUAUACUGAAAGCAACAACAGAUAGUUUACCUCAGAUCUUGAAUAUGAACUACAGCAAAAAUGUCCGUUAAAACUCAAUGCGAACCAACAAGCACAACAAGAUGGUAUCAGUCACUCAGUAUGUACAUUUAAUUAAAAAGAUUUAAUAUUAGACAAUCAACUUAUACAUUUCAUUGCGAGUGCAUAGCGAUGGUUUACCCAAGUAUGAAUAUUGUCGUAAUUCAACCUAAUGUCGUUCCAAACCUGUUUGACGUUCUUUCUUGUGUUUAACAAAAAGAUAUUUUUAAGAUUACUUUUUUUCCAGUUUCAAGAAAGAAGAAAGUCAGUGUGAGGGUGAAGAACUGACAAGUUUUAUUUUGGACGAACUAUGUGUUUUAAAUCCUAUAUGUACACAAAUGCUACCUACGUGCUAUCGGAGUUAUCGUAAAUAGGAGUUUCCUAAUCGGAAAGUAGAUACGGACAACGAUUGCUGUGCUACUUUAUUAGUCUUAUGUUUUUUCCUCUUUUUCAUAACUACAUCACCUUGUCUUGUCACUAAAGUAGUGUAUAUUUAUAGGCUAUAUGCGAACCAUUAUUAAAGCAUACUGUAUGUUUAGAAACAGUGAAAUUAGCUUGUAUUUGACCAAAAUUCCGUCAGCAAGCAAUCUAGCACGGUGAAUGUUUGUAUGAUUGAGAACGAUGCUACAUUUUAUUUUCGACGACAAAGUGACGAUCUCAUAAGUGGCAAAUAGGAAAUUUUCGAUAGCACGUAAAGGCAGCAUUAAUCACGAUCAUCUGAAUUUCACCACAAAGACAAAAAAAAAGUUUUAGUAAUAGUUAUUCUCAGUUUUUCUCUAUAACCAUUUACAAACCCCUAUGAAAAUUAACCAUGGUUAUACUACAAAUAAAACUAAAAAAAAAAACAUCCUUGCUGAAAAAAACAAUAGUACCAUCAUAGAAAAUUCUAAUGGUUUCCACUACAAAUACCAUUACAAACCAUCAACUUUUAACCAUUAAAACCAUUAAAAAUGGUUCUGUAUUGUGAUUUGGGACAUGUUCCAUUAGGAUUUAUUGGUUUAAACAAGCCACCAAUAGGUGACCAAUAGAGACCAACAGGGUCCAUUACAGUUUCCAUUAUAACCAGUAAAAUCAUUAUAAAUUUUGACGGUCUGUUUUUUUUUUUUUUUUCUUUCAGCAGGGAUGGUAACCACAAAUUAGCCAUAGUCUUGCUACACUAACCAUAGUUUAAUCAAGGUAUUUGUAGUUAAACUAUGGUUAUACAAAUGGUAAUCAAUGCACCAAAAACCACGGCUACUACACUUUUACAAUAAUGAAACCAUGGUUAAUUUUCGUGAGGGAAGUUGGCCACUAUGAUGCCUAGUGCUAUAAAAUCUGCUCAAGUCGUGCAGUGUAUGGGUUUAGAAUGAGAUGAGGGUAAGGAAAAACAAAUGAAGACAGAAUUUUCAUUUCUGGAUAACCAAACCCUUUAAUAAAACAGAAAACAUGACCAAGCAAAUUAGAUAUUCCACAACAGAUAACAUCACAGGUUGAUUUGAAGCCACAUGUCAUGCAGUUGUGAUGCAGUACACUAGAAUGUCCACUACGUGGUGUGUAAGGCAUCUUCUGUGUAGACCAAGACUGUUUUGACCUCGACUGUACAAAUAGCACAUUUUACAAAGUGAGGUUUCUAGUGUAAUUACUACCCUAAGAUAGGAGCAUUUCCAGACAAAAUGAUUUAUUGUCACUUCAAUAAAUACAGUA